CAACGCCAGACUCUCGUUGUUGAUAUCACCAUCUGGAUACUACCAUUUUAUGGAUUCAUUUACCCUGUUUAUGUGAUAUGCUUCCCCUGAGGCUAGCCUUGUCCCCACGUUACCUUCCUUCGCGCUAUCGGUUCCAUACCUGUUUAACCACUGGGCGACAAGCAGCGUCCUCCUGGUCACCUCGCUCGAAAUGAUACAGGGCGCUUAAUGGUUGGAUUCACCAUAAUAGUAUGGACACAAAGCGAAAAACUCAUAAAUUUCAUUGGCAAACAAGAGCCCUUAGACAAAAAGGACCCAAACGCUAAGCCCAAAUCCUGAUCCCCGACUGUCUCGAACAUGUUCUGCACCAGCCGCCCAGCCUAUGGCCCCCAGUGCCGAUUUUUCCAAAUUUAUAACCCAACGGGGUAGGCAUGAAAUGAAAUGAAGACCCGAAAUAUUAAAAACAAGUGGAUAUUAUGAAAGAACAGUGAAACAUGAAACAUUGUGAUAACAAAAAAGGAUGAGGUGGUUCAAAUUUUUUUUUUCUUCUCUUUGAAUCUCUGAAUAUUCCAACGUUUUGGCUGCGGGUGGUGUUUGGUGUUUCCAGCGCUUCUUGGCAUGAGGUAGUUUACUUGCCAAUGUUCUUCUGUUUCAGCUGCCUCUCAUACUCCAAUUGCCUGAUCUCCUGUUCUAGGUCCCUGACCUCGGCACUGCUUUUUUCCAUUGACGCUUUGAGUACGCCACCCUCUCGCUGCCACCGCGCAAGUCUCUCGAGCUCAGCGUUUCGUCGGCGGCACUUGGUGUCGAUUUUUUCGCACAAUUUACAUUGUGUUUGGAUGUUUUCGGUGUUGUGAACGAGUCUCAUACCGCAAGUCUCGCCCAUUCGGUAUUCAUGGUUGCAGCGGGCUGCGAAAUUGCCCCAUGCCCAGUCUCCACAGGAAAAUUUCUUCUGGUUAUAAAAGCACAUGGCUUUUGAGGCAAGUCAGCUGACAGUCAAUCAUAAGACUGCAUUAUUGCAUACCGGCUUGUGUUCUCCUUGAGUAUGUUUCAGGAAAUUGAGGAAUUUUUAUUGGUCGAUGGCUGGAUGCCUUGCUGAAGAGUGGGAUCGAUAGGCUGCACUUUUCUGCUAAGGACUUUGAAACAAAUAGACGAAGAGCUUGUUUUGGUAUGUGCUACCGCUGUGAAUUUUUUGAUUCGCAAGUGUCUGGUGAAAUGCUGGUUGGAGCUGGAGUUAUGCUGGAAAGACUGAAUAUCCCGGGGCCUCGUCAGGAUAUUUAUGUUUCGGAUUCAUUGCAAACUCCUUGCCCAAGUUUUUCAUUCAAAUGGCUUCACUCGCACGCUGCUGAUCAAUCUUUGUUGACAUCUGCGUGUCUGCCCAUCCUAAAUGCUUUUUCCUUCGAUAUGUCACCCCCAGCCUGUUCCCGACCCGAACUAGCCAGGGUCCAUGGCUUCGAAAAAGCGGAGUUCAGCUUCAAAACAUUCCUUUCAUGGUUCUCUCCGGCACUGCAAGGUGAUAGCGGAUUCUCAUGGUUGGGUAACAAAUGCACAUUUGCUCGACAUGGUUGUCGUGGCAUUGUAAUAUCCCACCAUCAUCCAACUUCUUUUGUUUUCGCCCCUCCAGUUUGCAAUCCCCUCAUCUUAUCCGAUGGAGGGUGGCGUUUUACCCCCUGGACAACUCAUCCUUUCCCAGCCGAAAACUCUGGUUGCCUAUCCUUCCCCGCUUCUUCGCUUUCUUAAAUCUCACUUCAGUGUUGAUCAAUGUGGUAUCCACGGCAAGAGCCUCAUCCGUGUCAGCCAUCUUCAGUUCCCUGUGAAUACUCCACUGUGGAUAUUUCCCUGGUGGCGGCCACAUUCGCUGUCGUUCACGAGAUUGAUAUUGAUAUUCAGAGUUACGAUAGGUCCCACUUAGCCGUCUGGGAUCGGUGUAACUUGACUUUUUUUUUGAACCUUCAUGCCCAAUCAACCCAAUUGAUAUCCCUUUAGAAAUCAUUUCGUUCACACUUGGUUUAACCUGAUAAGGGAAUAUCCGUUCGGGGGGCGAAAGCGUCAAAGCGGCAUUUACCUGACAGCCAUCCUCCAACGCAAAACUCCUGUUCUGCAACCCAACCCGCACUUUAUGUUUCCACUCGAUCAUCUGCGCCCCGUAUGUGAUAUCCCCUAUAUUCCUGCAUGGUUAGGAAUGAACUUUCCAUCACGCUUGGGUAUUCGACGUGUUAGUCUCGAUGGCCAAGAGGAUGCAUUGCUCCCACCUGCAGGUAUCCUCGUUCCUUCGUUCCUUGGAAUGAGAGAGCGACGUGUAUCUCCAUUCCAUUUUAGUGGAUGUCGAGUCAUCUCAGCUCAGCUGUCUACCUCCGAGUUUGAUAUCUGUGAAGGUUUACACUAGCCAGUCCAAGAACCAAAAUACUUCUAACUACGCCUCCGGUUUGCGGUUCCAUCAUCUUCCGUUGUCACAUCUUUGGCAGCCUUCCCUUGGUUCGCCGUUUCCAUGAUGCGGGACACCACAUAAUCCUUCCCCUCAAUGAUAAUGGACAGGGAACACGACCUGCCACACCACCAUGAUAUUCAUGGAUUUGAUAUCAUCGGGUCCGCAGCAAUUGCUGUGUUAGACUUCACAGACUUCGUGACGUGGCGUGAGUCGUCUGGCGAAAAAGGAUUAUACAUUCCAUUUUUGCAAGGUAUUAUCCGAACAAGUUUGGGUUAACGGAGCCCCUGCUUUGCAUAUGAUAGCCACCUAGCUUGUCGUUCCGAAAAAAAUGCAUGCAUGUCCUAACAAUGUCGACUCGUGUACGACGCCGCCAAUAUCAUGCCUUUCAGCACACCAGCGUAAAAUUCUUUGCUUUUAGCUGACUUUAACUCGAAUAUGGACUUGUCUAUAUGAUGCAGCAUAUGAGGAGUUCAAAAUUGAGUUUCACUAAAUGGGUCGGGGCGGAUGCGGAUGAGCCGGUAGGUCCAAGAACAAUCAUGAGGCGAUAGCAAGGCUUUGAGGAGAGCGAGUGAGUCUCUUUGAAGUGUGUCUGCAUCGUUGAUCUGCCGUUGUCACCAACUUUGUCAUGUCCAAACCCCCUGUUGAAUCACAUCGGUCAACCUAACAAGGUUUCGUUUAUUUAUAUUUACAAGGUAUUGAACUGCGUUGCAAUGAACUGGAUGAAAUCAGACAUAAAUCUUUUCAACUAUUCUCCUGCUACUAUAGUAUCUGCUCAAAUGUCAGAUCACUGAAAUUCGCUUGGAUGCGCAUUUUGAAUACCUGCGGUGUCUUUCACCCCCUUUUUGAAGGUUGAAAUUGAAUUUCUAGCCCCAUAUUAGUAUCCACACAGUUGGGUCUAAACUACUCAGGUGAUCUAAAGGAGCAAAAAGCAAGUCUCACUCUUGCAUGUCAGCAUGCAGCAUUUGCAAAUGCGGAGAACAUAUUUGGAUCUUCUCGUCCUAAGGGUGGGCUAUGCACGUCGUAUCCUUGUAUUAUAUGCCCCCUCGUACUUAGUGAAUUGGCAGUACGCAUCUCGUUGAACCACCCAAUGAAUGCAGCCCUCCAGCUUGUCAAGCAAUCAAGGAUCUACCAUAGGGGUUGUGGAACACCCAUUGGCUGGUCGAUUCUAGAUGGUGGCAUAUAACUCCGAUGGCGUUUCAUUUACAGGAUCCGACUAGUCAGCUUUCGAAUUCGGGCCUGUACGAUUCAUGCGCGACGCUUGAAUAGUUAUCGUCGCCCCUAUCUCGGCCGUGCUCUCCCCCAGGCCUUGCUUUUUCUGUCGUUCAUUCUAGCCUUACGCUCAAUUUGCCCCCUUCGAGUAGAUUUGUCACAACUCUUGCGGUCCUCCUAAUCCAACCUCCAGCCUUAUUGGUGCCACAUUGCGAAACCCGGGUUUUAAUUCCCUUCGGUACCCCACCUGUUUGCCAGGUGGCAUGGCUACGAACCAGUUUCUUCACCUAGUCUUCGAACGGGUCUCUUCCCUUGUUGACAUGGCAUAUCUGGUUCCCUACGCCGCCGGUUUUGCUUCCUCUCUUCAACGAAUCUUACAACCUGCAUCCUUCAUGGCAUUGGCGCUAACCCGUCUCUGACUACUAGCACAUCCGGGUGAAUAUUAUGGUAUAUCCACAAAGGAAACAUUCCGUCUAGUGUGUGACACCAUUGGGCCAACCAGAAUAAGUCUUAAGCUGCUGCGCCGUUAAUUGUGCCCAAUUUUCACUUGCGGUUGGCGCGAGGAACGGUUGAUAGGCAGCACAAAAUAACCAUCUUACCUGGUUCAUUGUCUUCAAUGAUUUUUUUUUAAUUCUAAUGUCUAGCCUCCCCUAAUGUCCCAUCGACAGCAAUUGACGUGGCAGAGGCUAUUCUUUCUUUUUCAGAAGCUCUAAUGUACGUGCUCCCACAAUUUGAUAUGUACGUGUUUGUGUUUGGGAGUGAGUGCCUAAAUUAUCUUCUUUCUCUCCUUUUCCAGGCGCGUUAUUGCAAUUACAGUUUAGUGAAAAUUUCUGCACCAUAUUUGCCAUACGCGUCUUUGGGACAUUGACCCUCUCUGAUAUUGCCUCUAUUUAACAUCUUCAGCGCAGAACGGGUUAAUUGACAGAUCAAACAGCUACAUAUUGGCUUGUGGUGUUGAGUUUUAUCCAGGCUUCCUACCACAUCGGCAGUACCUUGCAUCUAGUCUUCCCAUUAAACUUAAUGCCGACCGGCUAAUUUCGAUGCGACGUACACGCCCUCAAUUGGCCCCCGUCUUGUUUGAAAUCAGUUCUUGCAGUCUCUACCGUCUACGAAAAUGUGUGGCAAGGCUCUGACACGCGCAAUACGACAAGGAAGACUGGCUUUCCCCUUGCCUUUCUAUUUCCACCUCCCUGUUUGGCUGUUUUUUCUUUUUAUAAUUUCGGGAAGAGCUUACAAUCAGGAUUUUUUCCACCUUUUAUUGACUUGGGCGUGUUAGAUGCGACUUGGGCGUGUUAGAUGCGAACUAUACUCCAACAACAUUCAUGACCUUCAUUCCUAGCUCUUACUGAUGAUAUUCGUCCUUUUUUUGUUCUUUUUCUUUUCCUCUUUUUCUUUUUCUUUUUCUUCACUCCUUUCCCUGCCACCUACCGCUCGCUGAUUCGCCACAAAACAGGGCUACAUGAACAGUUCGUCUCAACAGCCCCAGGCUUAUUCUGUGAUGAGCGCCCUGCUCUCCUGACCGCUAGUUCAGUGGUGUCUCUGGCUCCCGUUUGCUUCAUGAUCGCUUUUUUGCCUCCUUUUCUUUCUAAAAGAAAAUUCACUACACACCGAACCUCCCUUAAAUCACGCCGGUUGCCUUGGUCAACUAUCCUUGCUAAGGCUACAAUGCAACGAUGAUCAAUGAUCGGCCAUCUUUCCGGUGGCGUAGUCCUCGCAACUCGCGAGUGCAUGGGUCAACGAAUGACACUAUCUCUUCAGUUGCCUCGUUUUUACCUCUCGCCGUAGUUCAUGGAAUGUUCAUUCAGGCCAGUUUGCCGUUCUAGCUAUUGACAACAAAGUCACUUCAACACGUAUGCCUUUUUUGCCUGCACUGCUAAGCACAUUAGCGCCCUUCCUUCAUUGUUUGGAUGUGUGCUUCAUCGCCGGAACAGGGCCAGUCUUUCCGAACGUUCGCUUCAUUCUUUAUGUUGUCUUCUGUGAUAGGCAUAAGGGUUCACAAUUGCUCUAGCAGGCUACAUUGAAUGGCUAACGCCCUGUCUUCUGUUGCCGUCCAGGUCCACCUUGGCAGCUGCUUCAUUCGGGACCCCUUCGGUUCCACUUUGUAAAGCCAACACAAAUAUUUCGUCAGGACAAUUAUUUCUCUUUUAGGAACGUAUGAGAAAUAAUACUGCAGGGAGAAACCAGACCAUUAAUGGAAAGUUCUACGUAUGAGUAAUGCUAGCUGGCUCCAAAGCCCCCAGCCUUGCUGCUGCUUUGGAUAUAGGAAGAUAAAAUAAUUAGGGCUUAGGGCACGAAAUAAUGCACGUGGUUUUUAAUGACGUCACUAAAAUAUCAGUCUGGGGAAAGGUCCGAUCUAAACUGAAACAGGAUAAGCGCCCUCCGAGCUGCCACUGCUUGGCUAUAUAUAGCUCCACUUCGGCAUCAACAUCCAGCAUCCAGAGCAAGCAGUCCUGCUUACAACACUGAGCACACUGCAUUUCAUACAGGAUCCCAUCGCUUUCUUUUCCGAAUAACGCCCUAUACUUUCUCCUGGACGAGAGCAUCCACGAACCGCUUUGAAAAGCAGGGCCAGCCGGGCUCUGGAUACCCGUACUACUACGGUAGCUAUUUAACAUAGCGCCUACGCUCUGAACUAGUGCUAGGCGUUCGUAGCAUACUCGCCUCUUUGUCAGAAUAUCAGAGUAGGAAAACUCCUUCCUCUCACGCGCACGUUCUAGAAAAGCGAACGAACUACUGCGCCAGUCCAAGUUAUUUGCUUGGUUUUCUACUCAAUAUGGCCACUUUCCGCUUCGCUUCAACCCGAACCGGUCUGCUGGCCCCGCGGGUCAACCAAAACCUCCCCCGCCUCUCCCCCUUCACCCCAACCACACCUUCGUUGCAGAUUCCUAGAAGCCCGUUUGCGGCAGUUGCAUCAGCGUCUCUGCCACGCACCUACGCCAGCAGCGGGAAUCAACCCAAGGCCGGAGAACCAUACGACCUCAAAAAUGACCCGGACGGCCGCCAUGCCAUGAACACAGAGCGUCACGAGUACUCAAAGUCCGGCUCGGACAACGCGGUUGCCGAGCAGCGGGCGGCGUGGGACAUCACCUACAUCACGCCGGAGAAGGUAAGAGAGGCUUCGCUGGCCGAAGCUAUGAAAGACGGACGCAGUCAGGCGGGGCCGUUGGAAGUCAGCCCUGCCAACCGCGAUGUCUCGCAGUAUACCGAUGAAGCGGGCAGGAGUGAAUGGGUGGAGAAGGGGCCUAGCCGCAGAGUGUCACCGCCAAAAGGGAUGAAGGUUGAUUAUGGCGGUACGGUUGUUCUUGGGGAGAGAGACCCUCUGGUUAAGUUGCCGGUGAAGUGAAGGGGGAAAGUUUUUGAUUUUAGGUGUGGAUUUUGGUAUUUCAAAUUUUCCUGGCGUUCAUUUCUUCUUGGAUAGGGGGAUCAGGGAAACAUUGAAAUAUUGAAACCAGGACGCGCAAUCAACUUAAAAUCAUGGGAUUGGCUCGGUUUUACUUUCUUCUUUCUUUCUUCUUUUUUCUUUUUUUCUUUUUUUCUUUUUUUU